UAUGGGCUCAUUUGCAUAGCAAACCCCGCCCCUCAGCCGACGUCACCCGGGCUCCGCAUCUGCUGCAGUCGCUGCGGGGAGGAGGCGGCGGCGCGAGCGCGGCAGAGAUGGCGUCCGCUACCGACUCCCGCUAUGGACAGAAGGAAUCCUCGGACCAGAACUUCGAUUACAUGUUCAAGAUCCUGAUCAUCGGCAACAGCAGCGUGGGGAAAACCUCCUUCCUGUUCCGGUACGCCGACGACUCCUUCACGCCCGCCUUCGUCAGCACCGUCGGCAUCGACUUCAAGGUCAAGACCAUCUACCGGAACGACAAACGCAUCAAGCUGCAGAUCUGGGACACGGCCGGGCAGGAGCGGUACCGCACCAUCACCACCGCCUACUACCGCGGGGCCAUGGGCUUCAUCCUCAUGUACGACAUCACCAACGAGGAGUCCUUCAACGCCGUGCAGGACUGGUCCACCCAGAUCAAGACCUACUCCUGGGACAACGCCCAGGUCCUGCUGGUGGGGAACAAGUGUGACAUGGAGGACGAGCGCGUGGUGUCCUCGGAGAAGGGCCGCCAGCUCGCCGAGCACCUGGGGUUUGAGUUUUUCGAGGCCAGCGCCAAGGACAACAUCAACGUGAAGCAGACCUUCGAGCGGCUGGUGGACAUCAUCUGCGAGAAGAUGUCCGAGUCUCUGGACACGGCCGACCCCGCGGUCACCGGCGCCAAGCAGGGCCCGCAGCUCACGGACCAGCAGGCCCCCCCUCACCAGGACUGCGCCUGCUAGGGGCCAGCCCCUCCCCAAAACCCCCCCAAAAUCCGGUCAGUGCACCCCAACCCCCCCCGCCCCCAGCUCCUCCUCUUGGGGGUCCCGCGGGGGCUUUUGCUGCUGAGACCUCCGAAAGGGCUGCGGCCCCUCUAGGAGCCCCCCACUCUCCCAAUUCAUUAGGCUGUGCCCCCCUCCCCUUAAUUUAUUUUUAAGCCUGGGCUGGUAGAAAAACUCCACCCCCAUUUCUGCUUUUAAUCACUGUCAAGAAAGCAUCACCCCCAGCCCCAUCUGGCCUGGUGACCCCCCUGUCCUGGGACCCCCUGUCUUGGCACCCCCUGCUCUGGGACCCCCUGUCCUGGUGCCCCCUGUCCUGGUACCCUCAGUCCUGGGACCCCCUGCCCUUUUUCCUGCUCUGGGACCCUCAGUCCUGGGACCCCCUGCCCUUUUUCCUGCUCUGGGACCCCCUGUCCUGGUGCCCUCUGCCCUUUUUCCUGCUCUGGGACCCUCAGUCCUGGGACCCCCUGCCCUUUUUCCUGCUCUGGGACCCUCAGUCCUGGGACCCCCUGCCCUUUUUCCUGCUCUGGGACCCCCUGCCCUUUUUCCUGCUCUGGGACCACCUGUCCUGGUACCCCCUGCCCUUUUUCCUGCUCUGGACCCCCUGUCCUGGGACCCCCUGCCCUUUUUCCUGCUCUGGACCCCCUGUCCUGGUGCCCCCUGCCCUUUUUCCUGCUCUGGACCCCCCUGUCCUGGGGAUCCCCCUACCCUGGGACCCCCUUCCCAGUGUGUGGGUGCUGUGACAGGACCCCCAUCUCUCCCCGUGUGUGCCCCCCACCCUUUACCCCCAGAGCUCCUGGUGGAGGGGGCUCUUUGUGCCCGGCUUUCCUGCCCCUCCAGCUGGAUGGAUAUUUCCUGACUCUUGUUUAUUUGUAUAAAUAGAUGCUAAUUUAUGCUCCCGCCGUCUUCCUCCUUGUACAUACAGAAAUUCCUUGUAAAUAGGCGUAGGAAGUGACGCUGUGCGCGUGACCUGCUGUGCUGUGGCCGUGGUGGUGCAUUUAUAUAUAUAUAUAUAUAUAUUCGGAUUUUUUUUUCUUUUUUUCUCUCUCUCAGUGUGGUAACCUUGCUUGUGAAUAUCACUUUUAAAACAACAAAAAAAAAAUCCACCGGAAAAACUCUCCCCCCACAACCGACCAACAGCAAAACUCUUAUUAUUUAAAUAAGAUUUAAAAAAAGGAAAAUGAAUUUCAGUCUGUCAGCGAGGCUGAGCCUGCUGGAGCGAAUCUGCCCCGGGCUGGGGGAGCCUGGGUGGGGAGAGCAGGGCUGGGACCGUGGCUGGUUUGCUCCAGGGGUUUGGGAUCUCGUGUUCCUGUAGUUCUGUGCUUCUGUGGAGACUGUGAAUAAGUGGAUAUUCCCGUAGCCAUGACAGAGCUGCCCUUUAUUUAUUUUUCCUGGAGCGCUGUGUCUUUAUUUUACAGAUUUCCCUCUGUUUCCCCUCCACACCAUGAUUCCAUCUCCUUCCCCCUUCCUUUCCUCCUCUUUUUUGUGAAGUUUACUUAUGGAAGAGUUACACUGUACUGUACAAAUGUCAAAAGUGUCAAAAAAAAAAAAGAGUACAAUUUCCUAAAAAUCACUGUAUUAAAAGAAAUGUUGUGAAGAAAUAAACCGAUGCUGAUCAGAA